AAUAAAGUUGACUGCAAAAUGCACGAUAUUAUCAUAAAAACUACAACGGAGCAAGAUUUUACUGAGGUUAUUUUCCUGCUGAUCGAUUACAUUGUCGAGUUGCCUCGAACUCACCGAUCUCGGGAACGUUUAGCGAAUCUACUUGCCGUACCCUCUACCAGCGAUGAACUAAAACACACAUUAAAACUUUUUGAAACUCUCGUCCGUAAGUACUGCCUCGGUGAGGUUGAUGAGGUUCGCUUCCGAUCCCAUCUGAGUCAGCUUUCAUCGAAACGGGUAGACCGGGUGCUGGAGAUAGUGAACCUUCGCCGUCCGGAGAUAGCUCAACGCUUGAUCGACGAGGUUAACCGGCGUGAAGGAGGCGUACCGUUGGUCGAGUCGUUCGAUUGGAAUGUUAGCUGGAUUAUGGGAAGCAGCAGCUUGGCUUCGAUGCGCAAACAGCUGUGCACGAUGACGCUCGCUUGCCGGGACAGUGAUUCCAAGCCGCAGGCGAUCAACUUUGAAAUGGGUCGCGAACAGGUGGAGGAAGUGAUAGCCCAGCUGGAAACGGUUGUGGGAUGAUGUGAGUUGUAAGU